AUGCAUUUGGCGGUCGGCAAAUCCACCUCCAAAGAUGUCUGGGAAGCGAUCAACGCUGGCCUCGGCAGCUCCACCGGCGCGCGCACACUGGGUCUCCUCGGCCAGUUUCACGGCCUGCGGCAAGGCGACAGUAGCACGACGGAAUAUCUAGGCCGCGCCCAGCUGUUAGUCGAGGAUCUCGCCCACGCCGGUCGCCCAAUAUCGCUGGAUGAACAGAAUAUGUUUGUUCUCCGGGGAUUGCGUCCAGAAUACCGUGCGAUGGCCUCAUCGCUCACGGCGUCCGGAAAUUCUGUAACUAUUCCGCAAAUUGCUGAUUAUCUUCGCGCUCAAGAGUUUCUGCAUGCUGAUGAUUAUCCUGCAGGUUCUGAUCACGGUUCACCAACUGCGUUUUACGCUGGCAGGGGCAGAAACUCCAGUCGCGGCAGUGGCAAUUCUGGCCAUAAUUCCGGGCGUGGCAAUGGAGGACGCGGAAGUGGCAGUCAUGGCAGAGGCGGCAGGGGCGGUCGGAAUGGUGGUCGCGGCAGGGCUCCUCGGUGUCAAAUCUGCCGUGCACAAGGGCACACGGCAGUUUAUUGUUACAAGCGGUAUGCCCCGCAACUGCCGGCGCAGGCGAACCUUGUGGUUCCCGGAGAAGAAGAAGGCAGUACGGCUGCAUCAGGUUGGUUCCCGGAUACGGGGGCUACCGCCCAUGCCACGCCAGAUGCGUCGAUGAUGACACAAUCGGAUGAAUAUACGAGUGGUGAUGUGCUGCGUGUUGGUAAUGGCGCAGGUUUGACGAUCUCACGAGUUGGCCAUGCUUCUAUACCAUCUUUGUCUAAAACACUAAAUCUAACUAAUGUCUUACAUGUUCCUAAACUUUCCGUCCUGUUAUUAUCUGUUUAUCGUUUAACGAAUGAUAAUCGUGUUUUUGUUGAAUUUCACAAGGAUUGUUUCAUUGUGAAGGAUUCGGUCACUCGGGCGGUUCUGCUUAGAGGUUUCACAUAG